UAAGUUUUCACUUGUUUAUUUAUUUAUUUAAGUUUUCUCCAAAAGUUGAACAUUAAUCGCAUUGAAGAAUUUAGCAAGAAGAAGUGUAGUACAGUGAUAUUUAGUAUGUGAUUGGUCCACACGGCUAUAGAUAGGAAGUGACCAGGAAGUUUCACAAACCAUUUUUGUCAACACAGACCGCAAAAACUUAUGACCAAAAUAACUAUUUAUUAAGAACAAUUUCUCCUUGUUAUAUUAAAGACUCCAAAUCACAGACCACAAAAACUUACUCAUUCAUAUUCUGCAUUCUCAAACUCUUUUUUCAUCCAAUUUCUCUCAAUUCUCAUGGCUAUGCAAUUACCUUCCUCAUCCUCAUCCUCUUCAUUUUCCUAUGCAUUCACUUACCAAGUGUUCCUUAGUUUUAGGGGCACUGACACUCGAUACGGUUUUACCGGCAAUCUCUACAAGGCUCUUACUGACAAGGGAAUUCAUACCUUCAUUGAUGAAAAUGAUCUUCGAAGAGGAGAUGAAAUCACACCAGCACUUCUCAAGGCCAUUGAUGAAUCCAGGAUUUUUAUUCCUGUGUUUUCUAUCAAAUAUGCCUCUUCUUCCUUUUGUUUGGAUGAACUUGUUCACAUCAUUCAUUGCUACACGACAAAGGGUCGCGUCGUUUUGCCUGUUUUCUUUGGUGUGGAACCUUCUCAUGUGCGACAUCAUAAAGGUAGUUACGGUCAAGCAUUGGCUGAGCAUAAAAAAAGGUUUCAAAAUGAUGAGGAUAACAUAAAGAGGUUGCAGCGAUGGAAAGUGGCUCUGAGCCAGGCUGCUAACUUUUCCGGCUACCAUGAUAGUCCUCCUGGAUAUGAAUACGAGCUUAUUGGAAAGAUAGUGAAAGAAAUCUCCAACAAGAUCAGUCGUCAGCCCUUACAUGUUGCCAAUUAUCCUAUUGGAUUGCAGUCUCGAGUACAACAAGUGAAAUCUCUUCUUGAUGAAAGAUCUGAUGAUGGAGUCCACAUGGUAGGACUUUAUGGUACUGGAGGAUUGGGUAAAUCAACACUUGCAAAAGCAAUUUAUAAUUUUAUUGCUGAUCAAUUUGAAUGCUCAUGUUUUCUUGAAAAUGUGAGAGAGAAUUCAGCUUCAAAUAAAUUGAAACAUCUCCAGGAGGAGCUCCUUUUAAAAACACUUCAACUUGAAAUUAAGUUAGGAGGUGUUAGUGAGGGAAUUUCUCAUAUAAAGGAAAGGCUGCAUUCAAUGAAGAUUCUUUUGAUUCUCGAUGAUGUUGACGAUAUGGGGCAACUACAGGCUUUGGCAGGAGAACCUGAUUGGUUUGGGCUUGGAAGCAGGGUCAUCAUUACCACUCGAGACAGACACUUACUAACCAGUCAUGAUAUAGAAAGAAAGUAUGCAUUAGAAGGGUUGUGUAGGACAGAAGCUCUUGAAUUGUUGAGGUGGAUGGCUUUUAAGAAUAACAAAGUACCUUCAGUUUAUGAAGACGUUUUAAACCGUGCAGUUUCAUAUGCUUCAGGACUUCCCUUAGUUUUGGAAGUAGUGGGUUCCAACUUGUUUGGAAAGAGGAUAGAAGAAUGGAAGGGUACGUUAGAAGGAUAUGAGAAGAUUCCCAAUAAAAAGAUCCACGAGAUUCUUAAAGUAAGCUAUGAUGCUUUGGAGGAAGAGCAGCAGAGUGUCUUUCUAGACAUUGCUUGUUGCUUCAAAGGAUGUGGAUUGGAAGUGGUUGAAGAUAUACUUCGUGCUCAUUAUGGCCAUUGCAUAACACAUCAUCUAGGAGUGUUGGCUGAAAAAUCUCUUGUUCAGAUUUGUACUUACCAUUCUGGAUCUAUUUAUAAAGUGACACUGCAUAACUUGAUAGAGGACAUGGGUAAAGAAGUCGUCCGACAAGAAUCACCUAAAGAGCCUGGAGAAAGAAGUAGGUUAUGGUGUCAAGACGAUAUAGUUCAUGUUCUAACAGAAAACACUGGAACUAGGAACAUUGAAAUGAUACAUUUGAAUUGUCCCUCAAUGGAAAACGUAAUAGAGUGGAAUGGAAAGGCCAUGAAGAAGAUGACAAAUCUCAAAACACUUAUCAUUGAAAAUGGUCAGUUUUCUAGAGGUCCUGACUAUCUUCCAAGUAGUUUGAGAUUUUGCAAAUGGAAUGGUUGUCCUUCGAAGUCUCUAUCAUCUUGUAUUUUGAACAAGAAGUUCAACUAUAUGAAAGUAUUGAAAUUGAACAGUUGUCAAUAUUUAACCCAAAUACCCGAUGUCUCAGGACUUCCAAAUUUAGAAAAGUUAUCGUUUCAAUUUUGUGAGAAUUUAAUUACAAUUCACAAUUCAGUUGGAUUCCUAAACAGACUUGAAAUCUUAGAUGCAAAAUAUUGCAUCAAGCUCCAGAGUGUUCCACCUUUACAACUGCCCUGUCUUAAGAGAUUGGAACUCGCCAUGUGUAAGAGUCUCAAGAGUUUUCCAGAAUUAUUAUGCAAGAUGACAAAUUUAAAAGAUAUUUGGUUGAAUGAAACUUGCAUGGAAUUUCCAUUUUCAAUUCAAAAUCUCAGUGAACUUGAUCGCUUACAAAUAUAUCAAUGUGGAAUGCUCAGGUUCCCAAAACAAAAUGAUAAAAUGAAUUCUAUAGUAUUUUCAAAUGUGAACCAUCUUAGAAUUGAAAAGAGCAACCUCUCAGAUGAAUUUCUCCGAAUACUUCUAAUGUGGUGUGUUAAUGUGGAAAAUCUAGUCUUAUCUGAGAGCAAUUUCAAAAUUCUUCCUGAGUGCCUUAGUGAAUGUCACCUUCUUAAAAACAUUUAUGUGGAUGGCUGCAAGUUUCUUGAGGAAAUUAGAGGGUUUCCACCAAAUCUUAAAAUAUUUCAUGCAAAGGACUGUGAAUCAUUGAGUUCCUCAAGUAGAAGAAUGUUAUUGAGUCAGCAACUACACAAGGCUGGACACACGGAUUUUUAUUUUCCAACUGGAAGUGAGGGGAUUCCAAAUUGGUUCGAGUAUCAAAUCAAGGUUAACGAACCAAUUUCUUUCUCUUUUCAUGGAAAGAUCCCUUGUAUAACUUGUAUUAUUCUUAAUCCAGAAUCUGUGGAGAUUCCACAAGUCAAUUUGUUUCUAAAUGGUGAUGAAUGUCCUCUUCAUUGGGAAUUAAACUAUGAAAAUGUACUUCUGCCGUCGAAACAUACAUUUUUGUUUGAUCUGGGAUUAAAAUCACGUAUUUACGACAAUUUUAACCAUAUGCCUGAAAUGAUACGAACAAUUAAAAAAAAUGAAUUGAAUCAUGUGGAGAUUGAUUGGGAGAAAGAUGAUUUACAUCUCAGUGAGGAUGAGAUUAAAAAAUUAAGGAGAUUACAAAUGGGAAUCCACGUGUCGUGGACGGAGGAAACCGACACAGAGGAGGAAAUCGACACGGAGGAGGAUGAUUUUAGUGAUGAUGAGAUAUUCACUGAAAGCAGUUCACAAAUGGUAAUCCACUACCAGGAGAAAAGCAACACGGAGCAAAUCGACACGGAGGAGGAUGAUUUCUACCGUAGUGCACAAAUGGGAAUCCAUGUGGUGAAGGAGAAAAGCAACAUAAAGGAUCAUGAUUUAAGUGAGGAUGAGAUAUUCGUGCCUGAUGAGAUUAAAAAAUUAAGCAGCGCACAAAUCGGAAUCCACGAGAAAAGCAACACUGAGGAUGUGAUAUUCACCAAUCCUAAUAGAACAACUACAACAACCAAGCCUUAUUAUUCCCAAGCCUUAUUCCCCAAUCCUCCUAGAAAGAUAAGGAAAUUUCGUCCUACACUUAAAAAACAAAGGUUUGUGGAAGUUUCAAAGACAGAAAGUUUGCAGAGGCGGAGCUUGGAAGAAACAAAAUCAGAUGGAGUUAAAAGCUUGGAAGUUUCGGAGACAGAAAGUUUGCAGCAGCAGUAUCUAGCUGUAGUGUCCGGCAUGCGGAACUUGGUGCUUACUGAAACAAAAGAAAAGCAUAGAUUUGUGGAAGUGGGAGUUUCAGAGACAGAAACUGCGCAUAGGUGGAGCUUGGAAGAAACAAAAUCAGAUGGAGUAAAAAGGUUCGAAGUUUCAGAGACAGAAAGUUUGCAGCAGCAAGAUCUAGCUUUAUUGUCAUCAGGCAUGCAGAACAUGGUGCUUACAGACAAAAAAGAAAAGGAAAACAACAUGACUAGCAUGCAAGAGGUUUACAGUGAGCUAAAUGGAUUGGAUUUGGAAGGUCAUAUACAAAAAAUUUGUCAGGUCGAAACGACUAUGGUUGGACGGGUUUAUCAAACUUAACUGUCCUUACUGCAAAAGAGCUUUCUCCUCUACAAAAAGUAAAGCCGGAGAACUGAAUCAAAAACCGACAUUUAUCAGAUCCUUUUGGAAGAGUUGCGACUUUUGAUCUCCAUAAUCCAGUUGUUGUGAAUGUUAUUGGUAUAGUAAUUAAUGCAACACUGUUGUCUUGAUAUGGUGAUACCUGAUGUAAGUUUUUAGGGAGGAUGCUUGUGCUGCAGAUAGAAUUUGAUGCUUUCAUUACUGUAGGUUUACAAGAAUGCAAUAGGUUGUGGAAUUAAUACCAUUGUAGAAGUACAUGUAAAAACUGGAGGCCGGCCUUUUGUUGUUCAAUGAUUGUUGGUUUUCUGAUUAUAUUAAUGAUGUUGCAACAAUCUUUGAUAAAUCUAUAGCUUUUGAAAUCAAUACAAGAUUUAUUGGCUGUCC